UUCGGACAAGAGACGGCACUUCUUCGAAGGAGAGCGACGAGAGACAACGGCGGAGCGGAAGCGCGAAUGCUGUUGCGGGUCUCCCUCGGCAUCGAUGCGAGAUAAACGCGAAACGACGGUCGCGAGAGAGGGUCACGACGCGCGAGAGAAUUGACCGAUCACGGGUGAAUCUGUUGGACGUACGCGCAUAGAAGAGUACCAGGUGCAAUAUUACGUACCUACGAACGGUGCUGCGGCUAGGAGAUUGGCAAGUUGUCCGCGAACGCUGCGGGCGAAACCGGCGAGUUUCUUUCGGCGUGCGUAUACUCCUUGGCGCAAAGAUAUUUUAGUCGGUAUUCCAUUUAAUCCUACCGCAAUCUUCCUAUGCGAGUCAUGCACGCGGGACUCGACGAGAGUGUCCGACGGAACGACGACCACAACGACGACGACGGCGACGGCGGCGUUCCCGUCGCCGGAGAAAGAGAAAGGGCGGUAGAAACCAUUUGAGGAGUAUCGGCAAAAGGACAACGGACCCUCCGCGUUUCUUUGUGACGUCCAAAUGUUAAAUCGGUACAAGAGGCGAAGAGAAGAAACUGAUCGGUAGCGAGCCGGCUUCGCGGACGCGUCCGAGGAGGGGGCCCGCGUAACCAGCCUCCGAUUGGCCGGACGGUGUACCACGUGGCGGCUGUGCGCGGGUGGGGAUUGGCCAGCACGGCCGCGCACCGCGGGCGAAAGCGGCGAGUUUUGUUCUAGUAUUUACCCCGCGGUGUAAAGCUGGAUCUCGCGCUCUCCGGUGUCCUUAAGUCACGUUCCAUUGUUCGUGCCGUUUCUCGCGGGUUUCUAUUUCAUCGGUCGAGGGCCCCCGUUCCGCGUCCGGCAGUUCGUUACCCGGCCUGUGCUUUCCCCCGAUGGUGAACCGCCCGAGAAUCGUGCGCCAUGUUCGCGCCGCGAGCAGCACGCGAUUCACCGGCUACCGUGGCAAGUGAUACGGUUUUUUUUUGACGGUCCGGAGGAUCGGCCGAGUGUGGUGUGCGCGUUUAAAUACCGUACCCCGGGGUCCGACGCGGUGUGUGCCCGCGGUAAAGUGUUUACGGUGCGCGGAUCGUGCCAUCGAGCAGGCGAAAAUCCUAGAGACGGUGGUAAACGGACGAGGCGAGAGCACGCUGUGGGACCGUGGAAUGCACGCUGACAGAGAAAGAAACCGGAAGGAGGGUAACGGGCACGGAGCGACGAACCAGAGGAAAGAAGCGGAGUAUGAGGGCCCCGGAGGAAAAACGGAAAGCACGUUCACAGCUCGGCGAAGCGGUUAAUGAUUGGGAGUCACCGAACACAGCUGGCCACGUUGCUGUCCCCUGCAGCUGGAGAUGAGCACGAAGGAGGAGGUGCGCUCGUCGACGACGACGACGACGACGACGACGACGUCUGCGAACACGAGCACGGCCACGAUCGUCGGGCUGCCGUCGUCGCCGAUGAUCGAUGCCGCGGCCGAGGAGGACGAGGAGCCGCCGACCUUGGGCGAUUCCGGCGACAUGGAUCUGGUGAACGGGCCGAAUCCGUGGCUUCCGGCCUACGGGUUCCAGCUACAACAUCACUCCCAUUUCCAACCCACGCACGAGGAUCUACGGGCUAAUGAUACGGUGCUGGUGCAGCAGGUCGACUUCUUGGAGACGAUUUUAGAGGAGACCUCCGACGAUCUUCAGAGCGACUCCGAUCGCAGCGGGACCACAUAUUGGGUCGGCUCGGACUCGGAGACCGAGAGCGUGAUCCACAUACGAUCGAAGCAGAGAUCGGCAGAUGGCAGCGGCAGCGAGUGCAACUCCGUCGUGCCGAAGAAGCGUCGACGCAGGAACAACGGCACCGAUCGCGACCACCAGGUGACGUUCGAGGAUUAUCCGGCGUCGCCGCGGUCUUCGAGGUCGUCCGCGUCCUCGAGAUCGAGCUCCCUGUUGCAGUUCGAGUCCUUGGAGAGGACAUGCGCCACCCUGUCGCCAUCCAGCUACAGCUUCGACUCUCUGGAAUACUCGAACCGUUCGAACGCCUCCCAUCCGGAGAACACGUCCCCGGACAGCCUCGAGCAGGACUACGAGAAGGUCCUGCCGAACGGUUUAGGAAAUGUCGAUCAUUUCUCGCGGCUCAGGCCCUACCGCAGCUUCGAGAGUCUGGACACUUGUCAGAAGGACGACGAGUUCGGACCAAGCGGCCUGACAAAUGGGUUCGCACCUUUGUACCUGAAACGUAACUCGGACUUGUCGAGGAUACGAAGAAACGGCCAUCGUCCAAGGGAUUUCUGGCACGAAGACGAGGAGUACGAGGACGAGGAGGACGAGGAGGAAGACCUCGACGACGAGGACGACGAUCGUCCGCUGAAGGAGGGCCGCGCCGGCACGGAGAUCGACGAUCGAUUGAUGGUAUUCGGCGACCCGACGUGCAACUACGCGACCUCCGUGGACUACAGGAACACGAUCGAUCUGCGGGAGAUCGGCGUCGAGUCGAAGAGGGACGCGCUGUUGGACCUGAAGAGCGGCCAGGCGACCGUGUCGAGUUCGUUUCGACUGCUGCAGACCAGGUUAAAUAUAGCCGGCGGUAUGGCGCACGGUCUCGGCAACAUGGUCGCCGAUCAUCAUCAUCAUCAUCACCACCAUCACCAUCAUCAUCAUCAGCAGUCGCAGUCGCAGUCGUCGCAGCCGCCGAAGCAGCAUCAGCAACAUCAGCAAUCGCAGCAGCCGCAGCAUCCUCGGUACGACGAAUACGAGCACCACGAGCCGCGGCAGCACCAGCACCGGCAGCAGCAGCGUCAAGGGUGGAGCAAGGAGGAGUGCUUUAAUUUUAGAUUCACGGAUAAAUCUCAAAGCGCGCCCAGUCUGCCUAGCAGCAUCGAGGAGUCCGGACACGGUCCACGGUCGUUGGCAGCGCGCACAUCCUCAAGGGCAACGUCUUUCGUGUCAACCUCGAACCUAUUCGAGAACUACACCAGGGUAGCGAGCGUGCCGGUCGACCUGAAUCUCUGCGGCUUCUCGACGUCGUACGAUGACCCGGAGUACCUCGAAGUGAUCGCCGACGACCACGAAAUGGCGGGGAUCGCGAACGUGCACGAGAACCAGCGGCCGGAGAGCAUGGAGGAGAUCCGACAGAACGGCGGCGAGGAGACCGCCGUCGGCCAACAGUUGAAGAACGCUAUGACGACGACGACCUCGGUGAGAACGCAGGCCCCGCAGAGCGCGAUGGUCGACGGGAAAUUGGACCUUGUCGAGGAGAGCCUCGCGGAGGAGACGGAGUGCGCGGGCGAUCAUUGCCCGAGCCCGCGGGAGAAGAAGAAGAAGAAGAAGAAGCAGCAGCAGCAGGUGACGUCGACGGUGAAGACGCAGGACCGCGGGAACUGCGUGCUGGACAUGGCGAUCGCCAUGGAGAACGAUCUGGGCGCGGUGGACGAGGCGAUCAAGCAGUUCAAGCGCGAGGUCGAGGAGGCCAGCACGCUUCUGAACGGCAAGAACGCGGACGGAGUCCAGAGGACCCUGUCGGGCAGGGUGCGCGGCCACAGGGUGAAGAACAACGCCAGCUACGAGCUGGCCCAGCAGUUCGAGAUCGACGAGAGGAACUUCCGGCAGGCGGGCCGGGUCCGCAAGGACGGUGUCAAGGACAGUGAACAGACGUCGCCGAAGGGCGGCGGCUUCGGCGGUAGGAGACGCGCGAUGAACAACGCCAGCUACGAGCUGGCGCAGCAAUGCGACUACAUGAAGGCGGUGGCGCAGUCGUCCAGGGGUGCCUUCCAGCGGAUGGACGCCUGCGACGAGCUGGAGGAGCGCGGCUCGUCGCGGCGCGGCCCGAGGCUCAGGGUCACCGACAUGGUGCAACAGAUGAGCAGCAGCUCGACCUCGAACCUGCACAAGCACGAGCCGUACCAGGACACGAAGACGUACUCGAAGUCGACGGAGAACAUAUUCUCGCAGUUCUCGAAGGGCCCGUUCACCCAGGUGCCGAUCAAUCGGUUGGGCGAGCGGCUCAAGAAGGAGGAGGAGGAGGAGGAGGCGGCGUCGCUGUUGUGCCAGGUAAAAAAAAACUCGGAUCCAUUUUCAGCCUAUGGAAGAGAUCGUAGUGGACACCCCGUAGUAGACGACGAGAUAGAUUUCCCCUGCUUGGAGACCAAACCCAUAGGAGCAUCCAGUUCGGAGGGGGUCGCGCCGUGCGUCGCGUCGACCGCGACCCAGCCGCAGCAACCCUCUGACCCGGCGCGGGGCCCGGGGGCUCCGGCUGCGACGCCUGGGUCCCCGGCGCGCCGCGGGACCGACCGACGCGAUCACGGGCCCACGAGCGACGACAGACCGGACAGAUCGUACGCGAGCGACUAUCGUUCGGAGCGAGCGAUGGGCGGCCGAGAGGACGACGACGGCGAGUGGCCGGAAGUCGCGGGCGACGUCGACGACGCCAACGCCGGCGGCGACGUCGUCCGUGGCUCCCCGCUCGCGGGUAGGAACGGAGAACGACUCUGGAGGGUCGUGGUGGAAAAGCAGGCCGCGGAGAAAGAGGCUUCCGCGAAGAAGGUUACAACGCCGGAGAAGCUGGAGGAGGAGGCGGAGGAGGAGGAGGUGACGGCGGCGGUGGCGGCGUGGGAGAGGAAGGGGACGGAGGAAAGGAAAGCGAAAGAGAGAAGAGAGAAGGAGAAAGAGAAAGAGCCGCCGACGGCGGAGGUGGUGGCAACGGCGGCGGAAGCAGCGAGGGGACACACUGUCCACGGUGUUGCCCCCCCACCACCAAGCGGCGGCAGCAACACCGACGGCGACGGCCUGCUGGAGCCCAGCGAACGGAGUGGGAAGCCAGCGGUGGCCGUGGUAGUUGAUACGAAUCAUCGCGGUGAUCGCGACAAACGUCACGAGGAGAACGCGGCGGCAACAACAAUUGCGGCGGCGGCGGCGGCGGCAGCUGCGGCACCGGUACCGAUCAGGGUAGCUGAAGAGGCGACGAGGAUGUCGGGCCCGGUGGCCACCGCGAAACGGACCAUCGUCACCACCACCACCACCAGCAGCACCGCCCCCUCGAAGAAGGACACCGCGGCCAGGUACCAGAGGAACAUGGUGGUGGACGCGUCCUCCGGGACCACCGUCGUCAAGGAGGAGAGGAAGAAGGGCGGGUUCGGCGGUUUCCUGCAGAGGUUCUCCAGGCUACGGUUCAGUGGUAGAUCGAAAGUGCCGCGGUCCGAGGUGCAGAAAAAGAGUGACGCGCACGGCCAAGUGAAUCGCGGCAAGGUGAUCGACGAACAGACUAAAAAGGAGCCGGAUUAUAUCAUAAUACCCUUGCAUCCGCCGGAAGAGGAGAGACAGAAGGAGGAGAACGUCGUCGCGGAGACCAAAAACGACGUCGGAUGGAGGCCCGCGGGGGACGUGCAGCGCAGCUCCUCCAACAUCAGCGCGAACGGGAGGGCGCCAGUAUCCAGCAAGCCGCCCCUGCCUCCACAGCCGCCCCGCGUCGGGGCGCUGAGCUCGAGACCGUCGACGGGCGCGUCGUCGUCGGCGUCUUCGUCGCGCCGACGCGCGGCCACGGACCUUGGAAAUCCGGCGGCCAUCGAGAUGGCGAGAGCCCGUACGAUGCAGGCCGCCCAGGAGCGUCCGGUCGGCCUGCUCGAGACCGACCUCGACGAGGCCGUGCCGUCGACGACGACGACCACCGCCUCAGUGACCGCCGCCGGCAAAAAGACCAGGAGCCUGCUCAAUCUGAAUCACACCUCGACCGCCCCGCGACCCAGGCCGGAGCACGCCCUCCACGUACCCCAGUCGCCCGUCGGCGCUUCGCACAGGAGCCCCCAAGACGACGACACCGCGUCCACCAUCAACCAACGGCCACACAAAUCCAUGGAGUUCCUCCUCGACAAGGAGAACCUGCAUUUCGUCAAGCCGCCGGAGAACGAGUUGCAGAAAAUUGGCGAACGGGUACCGAGCGAACACGAACUCCGAGUACAAAGAUCUCUGCAGCGACUGAACGUCCCGGAUUGGUACAAGAACUCUCCCGCGGCUCGCGAUGGUUUCCGGUUAAAGAGGCACUCCGACGCGUCGCAGCACGGAGGAUGGCGUGCUCUGGGCUCGAAAACCACUUCCCUCUCGUCCCUAUCGUCGUCUUCCAAUAGACAGCCGACUACAGGUGCCCUUCUAAGUCCAAGUCCCACGCCACCUGCAUUCUCGAGAUGGAGUACCAGCCUGCUGAACAGCGCCGGAAGUUCGCCAGCAAGUUCGGCGAGGUCGUCCUUCAACCACCGACAGCCGUACUUGGGCUGGCGUUCGCAGGAACGAUUAACAAACCCACGAACACCGGCCGAACGUCUUGCUCAGGGUAUUCUUCCCCAGUUGCAAGCAGCAAACAAGCAGCAACAGCAGCCGCAACAACAGCAACAGCAGCAGCAACAGCAGCCGCAGCAGCAGACAACGAAUCAGCAGCUAGAAGUAAGAAACUCGAUAAAGGAGGUAACCUCGGCCAUUGUGCACUACGUGCAAAGCGGUCAGGAGGUUGCUGGAGGUGGCAGGCUCUCGCCUCGACCUCGACCCGAAGACUGGGACGACAGGGGCGGAGCAAGGUCAACCAGCCCCAGAGGGAGCGUGAAGCUGUGUUGGAUGGAGAGCUCGUUCGUCGGCACGAGACCCGUGGACUCGCCGGAGACGCCGAUGAGCUUGGCCACGGAGACCGACUGCUGUCCCGGCUGCAACGCCACGGCCACUGAGUCCUGCAGUUGCGUGGACUCCGCGACAUCCGGUCUGUUCUUGGACCUGACACCGACCCGCGACGACGGCCAGCACCAUCAGCAACAGCAGCAGCUCGGCGGCGGCGGCGGCGGCGGAAGCCUCUGCCCGUCACCGUCCUCCUCGCUAAAUUAUCAGCACCACCAUCCCCACCACCACCACCGUCAGCUUCACCAUCAGCAGCAACCGCAGCAACAGCAACGCCAUCACCGCGGAUCGGGCCAGAGCGAUACGGACGAGGCGAUGGCGACGGCAGCUCUUCUGCGGAACAAACCGAGCCCCGGCUCCACGACCCUGGAGGACGUCCUUGACUCCCUCCUCGGGCUGCCAUCCGCGUCGCGUACCCCGAGUCCUGGGCCAGGACCAGUUACGACUGGCGCAUCCGCCUCCAUGCGGCAUCGAACUAACGUCGGCCAGGCGAAUGCGAAAGCCGGGAAGAGCUGCAGCGACCUACGCCAAGACCUCCAAGAGUCCGCUAGGAGCGUGAUGGACAUGCAGGGCGCGACGGAGGACCGUGGCUCGCACUACACGGGUGAGCUGGUCAGACGGAAGAGCGAGGGCAGCGACACGAUCCCCUCGAAGAUGUCGACGAUGCAGAUGUCGAGGGGCGGGCCGCUGCGUUCGCGGCGGGUCUCGUUCGACAACACCCAGGAGGCGAACGGCCUGGCGGCGGGCACCGCGGCCGAGAAGGUGGUCCGUUGCCGUAACAACAAGUGCAGCAACACGGCGAGCCUGGCCGACGCGCGGAAGACCUACAAGAGCUGCCACAACUGCACCUGCCUCUACUGUUCGCGGGAGUGCAGGAAAGCGCACUGGCAGCGUCACCGGCGCACCUGCCUGCACUCGCGGGCCGGCAGCCUCUGCAAGCAGGUGUUGUCCUCGGCGAAGGAGGACCCGAUCACGCUGAAGCACAUCUCCGCGCUGGCGAAGCGGGGCCACGCGUCCCACGGCCGCGGGGCCGUCAAGUGCUUCUUCUCGAGCCCGGAGGCCGCGGAGAAGUUCAUCGCGAACGGGUUCGUCGACCUCGGCAAGCCGACCUACAUCCGCUGGUCGGACCUGCUCGCCAGCGAGAUGGGCGCCGACCUUUACGCCGAGGUGAUCAGGCUCUGCAAGUCGUACAACCCGGACACCAGGCUGGUGCUCUACGUGGCGGUGUGCGUGGUCAGCGAGGUGCCGACCAGCGGGGCCGUGAAAUGGGAGCGGCAGCUGGUGUCCAGGUGCGCGAAGAUCCACCUGGACUCGGCCAGCAGGCACCACACCUCCUCGUCGUCCGCCUCGCCGCAGGGCAGGCAGCAGUCCGCGUCGCCCUGCAACAUCACCAGGGAGAUGGAGUCCCCGGAGAUGCUGGUGUUGACCUCGUUGCCCGGCAACGACGGCCAGAACACGCCGCAGAGGAUCAGGGAGAUCAGCUUCACGAACAUCCAGAGGCAGCUGAAGCUGCGCGGCGUCUCCCUGAGGAGGCACUUCCCGCAGGUGUACAAGAAGCUGCGCGCCUACGUGGACGGCACCGUCGACAAGUUCGCGGCCGUCACCAUCUAUCCGCGGGACCAGGCGUCCGGGAAGAGCUUCAUGUGCAUCAUCAUGCUGGACGUGGAGCCCGAGCGACUUCAGCUGCUCCCGACCGACUCGUCCAGGGUCCGGACGGUCGACAUCAGCGUCGAGCAGGAAUGAACGCUGAGAUAUGGACGCGCCGUUAUCCGCUUCAGAACGAUUUUUUACUACAUUCAGUAGGACUCUGCUGGUCCGGGAGUAAUAAUGGUGUGGCGAUGAUAAGUGUUCUUGAGAGGAGGAGGGGGAGGAGGAGGAGGUCCUUUCGCGGCGUCGGUCUGCCAACGCCUUGUAGUCUGUGGGCGAGAGACUGCCGAAGAGAGACGAAGCGUCGACGCGCGGAUUCAACAUUAAUACGAGGGCCGUUGAACGAUCAACGAGGUCCAUGGAAGUCGACCUGGACCAACGAAACAUGUCCGUGGACAUGGUCGGACUUUGUUCGCUGCCGAAUCUCUCUCGCCUUCGCUCGAACCGGGAUUCGGUCGUCCACUUGCGGCUUAGCGGCGAGCUCUCGUGCACGUUGGACUCGCGCGGAGAACCCGUUGACCCCUUGACAUGCGAAUGAAACGGGAUUUGACGCGACCGAAUUCAAAAUACUGUUUAAUUUGGUUUAACUGAACGGUUAUCUGCGAGCUGAGAGAGAGAAUGUUUCAUUUUGAAAUUUGGAUUACUGGUUUGUGGGUGCAAAUUUGUUAUCGGUACUGUUGAGAAGAAGGGAGGGUG